CAGGAGCCCCCGCCGCCUGGCCAGGAGUGUGGCCCUGAAGUUCUUGCGGAAGGGAGUCCAACUCUUCAAGGUGAACUAUGACCACUUUACUUUUGGUGUUUGUGACUCUGAGGGUCAUCACAGCAGCCAGCUCGCUAGAAGCUUCAGACCCAGACAACUCACUGAGUGUCAGCAUCCCUGAACCGUCCCCAUUGCGGGUCCUCCUGGGGAGCUCCCUCACCAUCCCCUGCUACUUCAUCGACCCCAUGCACCCUGUGACCACCGCCCCCUCCACCGCCCCCCUCGCCCCAAGAAUCAAGUGGAGCCGCAUUACCAAGGAGAAGGAGGUGGUGCUGCUGGUAGCCACUGAAGGGCAGGUGAGGAUCAACAGUGCUUACCAAGACAAAGUCUCGCUACCCAACUACCCGGCCAUCCCCAGCGAUGCCACCUUGGAAAUCCAGAACCUGCGCUCCAACGACUCUGGGAUCUAUCGCUGUGAGGUUAUGCACGGCAUUGAGGACAGUGAGGCUACCCUGGAGGUCGUGGUGAAAGGCAUUGUGUUCCAUUACAGAGCCAUCUCCACGCGCUACACGCUGGACUUUGACAGGGCACAGCGUGCCUGCCUGCAGAACAGUGCCAUCAUUGCUACACCCGAACAGCUGCAGGCUGCCUAUGAGGACGGCUUUCACCAGUGUGACGCCGGCUGGCUGGCCGACCAGACUGUCAGGUACCCCAUCCACACCCCGAGGGAAGGCUGCUAUGGAGACAAGGAUGAGUUCCCAGGCGUGAGGACUUAUGGCAUCCGAGACACCAAUGAGACUUAUGAUGUGUACUGCUUCGCUGAGGAGAUGGAGGGUGAGGUCUUCUAUGCAACAUCUCCGGAGAAGUUCACCUUCCAAGAGGCAGCCAACGAGUGCCGGCGGCUGGGCGCCCGGCUGGCCACCACGGGCCAGCUCUACCUGGCCUGGCAGGGCGGCAUGGACAUGUGCAGUGCCGGCUGGCUGGCUGACCGCAGUGUGCGCUACCCCAUCUCUAAGGCCCGGCCCAACUGUGGAGGCAACCUCCUAGGCGUGCGGACCGUCUACCUGCACGCCAACCAGACAGGCUACCCGGACCCCUCAUCCCGCUAUGACGCCAUCUGCUACACAGGUGAAGACUUUGUGGACAUCCCAGAAAACUUCUUUGGGGUGGGUGGUGAGGAGGACAUCACCAUCCAGACAGUGACUUGGCCUGAUGUGGAGCUGCCCCUGCCCCGAAACAUUACUGAGGGUGAAGCCCGAGGCAACGUGAUCCUCACUGUGAAACCCAUCUUUGACCUCUCCCCCACUGCCCCGGAGCCUGAGGAGCCUUUCACAUUUGUCCCGGAGCCCGAGAAGCCCUUCACUUUCGCCACCGAUGUAGGGGUCACUGCUUUCCCUGAGGCCGAGAACAGGACUGGAGAGGCCACCAGGCCCUGGGGUGUUCCCGAGGAGUCCACACCUGGCCCAGCCUUCACCGCCUUCACCAGUGAGGACCAUGUCGUGCAGGUGACUGCAGUCCCAGGCGCGGCCGAGGUGCCCGGGCAGCCACGAUUGCCGGGGGGGGUUGUGUUCCACUACCGCCCAGGCUCCACCCGCUACUCACUGACCUUUGAGGAGGCUCAGCAGGCCUGCCUACGCACUGGGGCUGUCAUCGCCUCUCCUGAGCAGCUCCAGGCUGCCUAUGAAGCUGGCUAUGAACAAUGUGAUGCUGGUUGGCUGCAGGACCAGACUGUCAGAUACCCCAUUGUGAGCCCACGGACCCCGUGUGUGGGUGACAAGGACAGCAGCCCGGGGGUCAGGACCUAUGGUGUGCGACCACCAUCAGAAACCUACGAUGUCUACUGCUAUGUGGACAAGCUUGAGGGGGAGGUGUUCUUCAUCACACGCCUGGAGCAGUUCACCUUCCAGGAAGCCCUGGCAUUCUGCGAAUCUCAUAACGCCACCCUGGCCUCCACUGGCCAGCUCUAUGCUGCCUGGAGCCAAGGCCUGGACAAGUGCUAUGCCGGCUGGCUAUCAGAUGGCAGCCUCCGUUACCCCAUUGUGACCCCGAGGCCCUCCUGCGGUGGAGACAAGCCAGGCGUGAGAACUGUCUACCUCUACCCCAACCAGACAGGCCUCCCAGACCCACUGUCCCGGCACCAUGCCUUCUGCUUCCGAGGUGUCUCAGCAGUACCCUCUCCAGGAGAAGAGGAAGGUGGCACACCCACCCCCUCUGUAGUGGAGGACUGGAUCGCUACCCAGGUGGGGCCUGGUGUGGCUGCUGUCCCCAUGGGGGAGGAGACAACUGCAAUCCUGGACUUCACCAUUGAGCCUGAAAACCAGACGGAAUGGGAACCAGCCUACAGCCCAGCGGGCACUUCCCCACUGCCAGGGAUCCCUCCAACAUGGCCUCCCACCAGCACAGCAACAGAGGAGAGCACAGAAGGCCCUUCUGGAACGGAAGUGCCCUCAGUCUCAGAGGAGCCAUCCCCCUCAGAGGAGCCAUUCCCCUGGGAGGAGUUGUCCACACUUUCACCCCCAGGGCCCAGUGGGACUGAGCUGCCAGGCUCUGGGGAGGCAUCUGGGGUACCUGAAGUCAGUGGUGACUUCACAGGCAGUGGAGAAGUUUCGGGACAUCCAGACUCCAGUGGGCAACUCUCAGGGGAAAGUGCAAGUGGACUGCCCUCUGAAGAUCUUGACUCCAGUGGGCUCACCUCUGCUGUGGGAAGUGGACUGGCCUCAGGGGAUGAAGAUAGAAUUACAUUGUCCAGCAUUCCUAAAGUAGAAGGUGAGGGCCUAGAGACCUCUGCCUCUGGAGUCGAGGACCUCAGCGGGCUGCCUUCUGGAAGAGAAGGUCUAGAGACUUCUACCUCUGGAGUCGGGGAUCUCAGUGGGUUGCCUUCUGGAGAAGGUCUAGAAGUAUCUGCCUCUGGAGUUGAGGACCUCAGUGGAUUGCCUUCUGGAGAGGGUCCAGAAACAUCUGCCUCUGGAGUUGGGGACCUCAGCAGGCUGCCUUCUGGAGAAGGUCCAGAGGUCUCUGCCUCUGGAGUAGGAGACCUCAGUGGACUUCCUUCUGGAAGAGAAGGUCUAGAGACCUCUACCUCUGGUGUAGAGGACCUCAGUGGGUUGCCUUCUGGAGAAGGUCCAGAAGCCUCCACCUCUGGAGUUGGGGAUCUCAGCAGGCUGCCUUCUGGAGAAGGUCCAGAAGUCUCUGCCUCUGGAGUAGAGGACCUCAGUGGAUUACCUUCUGGAGAGGGUCUAGAAGCUUCUGCCUCUGGAGUUGGGGACCUCAGUGGGUUGCCUUCUGGAGAAGGUCCAGAAGCCUCUGCCUCUGGAGUUGGGGAUCUCAGCAGGCUGCCUUCUGGAGAAGGUCCAGAAGUCUCUGCCUCUGGAGUAGAGGAUCUCAGUGGAUUAUCUUCUGGAGAGAGUCCAGAAGCUUCUGCCUCUGGAGUUGGGGACCUUAGUGGGUUGCCUUCUGGAAGAGAAGGUCUAGAGACCUCUGCCUCUGGUGUAGGGGACCUCAGUAGGUUGCCUUCCGGAGAAGGUCAGGAAGCCUCUGCCUCUGGAGUAGAAGACCUCAGCAGAUUGCCUUCUGGAGAAGGUCCAGAAGCCUCUGCCUCUGGAGUAGGGGAGCUCAGCGGGUUUCCUUCUGGAAGAGAAGGUCUAGAGACCUCUGCCUCUGGUGUAGGGGACCUCAGUGGGUUGCCUUCUGGAGAAGAGGACCUCAGCAUAUUACCUUCUGGAGAAGGUCCAGAAGCCUCUGCCUCUGGAGUAGGGGACCUCAGUGGGUUGCCUUCUGGGAAAGAAGGUCUAGAGACCUCUACCUCUGGUGUAGGGGACCUCAGCGGGUUGUCUUCUGGGAGAGAAGGUCUAGAGACCUCUACCUCUGGUCUAGGGGACCUCAGCGGGUUGCCUUCCGGAGAAGGUCCGGAAGCCUCUGCCUCUGGUAUAGGGGACAUCAGUGGGCUGCCUUCUGGAAGAGAAGGUCUAGAGACCUCUUCCUCUGGAGUGGAGGAUCAUCCAGAGAUUUCUGCCUCUGGAGUAGAGGACCUCAGUGGAUUGCCUUCUGGAGUAGAGGGUCAUCCAGAGACUUCUGCUUCUGGAGUAGAGGAUCUCAGUGAACUUUCUUCUGGAGGAGAGGGUCUAGAGACCUCUGCUUCUGGAGCUGAGGAUCUCAGUGGGUUGCCCUCUGGAAAAGAAGACUUGAUUGGGUCAGCUUCUGGAGCCUUGGACUUUGGCAGAAUACCUUCUGGAACUCUGGGAAGUGGGCAAGCUCCAGAAGCAAGUAGCCUCCCCUCUGGAUUUAGUGGUGAGUAUUCAGGGGUGGACUUUGGGAGUGGCCCAUCCUCUGGCCUACCUGACUUUAGUGGACUUCCUUCUGGAUUCCCAACUAUCUCCCUCGUGGAUACCACAUUGGUGGAAGUGAUCACAACCACCUCUGCAAGUGAACUGGAAGGGAGGGGAACUAUUGGCAUCAGUGGUGCUGGAGAAACAUCUGGGCUGCCCGUCAGCGAGCUGGACAUUAGUGGGGCAGUUAGUGGACUCCCUUCAGGAGCUGAACUCAGCGGCCAAGCAUCUGGGUCUCCUGAUAUGAGUGGGGAAACAUCUGGGUUCUUUGGUGUCAGUGGACAGCCAUCAGGGUUUCCUGACAUCAGUGGGGGAACAUCUGGGCUUUUUGAGGUCAGUGGGCAGCCAUCAGGGUUUUCUGGGGAAACAUCUGGAGUGACUGAGCUUAGUGGGCUGUACUCUGGACAACCAGAUGUCAGUGGAGAAGCCUCUGGAGUUCCUUCUGGCAGUGGUCAACCAUUUGGCAUAACUGACCUGAGUGGAGAAACAUCUGGGGUCCCUGAUAUCAGCGGGCAGCCAUCGGGGUUGCCAGAGUUCAGUGGGACAAUCUCUGGAAUCCCUGACCUGGUUUCUAGUACCAUGAGUGGCAGUGGUGAAUCUUCUGGCAUUACGUUUGUGGACACCAGUUUGGUCGAAGUGACGCCAACUACAUUUAAAGAAGAAGAAGGUUUAGGGUCUGUGGAACUCAGUGGACUCCCUUCAGGGGAGGUGGAUCUCUCGGGCGCAUCUGGGACAAUGGAUGUCAGUGGACAAUCUUCUGGAGCAACUGACUCCAGUGGGUUGACAUCCCAGCUUCCAGAAUUCAGUGGCCUGCCAAGUGGAGCUGCUGAGGUCAGUGGAGAAUCCUCUGGAGCAGAGAUUGGGAGCAGCCUGCCCUCGGGAACCUAUGAGGGUAGUGGACUUCCAUCCAGCUUCCCCACUGUAUCUCUUGUAGAUAGAACUUUGGUGGAAUCUGUAACCCAGGCUCCGACAGCCCAAGAAGCAGGAGAAGGGCCUUCAGGCAUUUUGGAACUCAGUGGUGCCCAUUCUGGAGCACCAGACGUGUCUGGAGACCAUUCAGGAUCUUUGGACCUAAGUGGGAUGCAAUCCGGGCUGGUGGAGCCCAGUGGAGAGCCAUCAAGUACUCCAUAUUUUAGUGGGGACUUUUCUGGCACCACGGAUGUCACUGGAGAACCCUCUACAGCCAUGAGCGCCAGUGGGGAAGCCUCGGGACUUUUAGAAGUGACUUUAAUCACUUCCGAGUUCGUGGAGGGUGUCACUGAACCAACUGUUUCCCAGGAACUUGCCCAAAGACCCCCUGUGACACACACCCCUCAGCUUUUUGAGUCCAGUGGAGAAGCCUCUGCAUCCGGGGAAAUUAGUGGAGCUACACCAGGGUUCCCCGGGUCUGGGCUGGAAGCGUCAUCAGUCCCAGAAUCCAGCAGCGAGACAUCUGACUUUCCUGAUCGUGCGGUGGGGGUGUCUGCUGCCCCUGAGGCCAGUGGAGGAGCUUCUGGUGCCCCUGAUGUAAGCGAAGCCACCUCCACCUUCCCUGAAGCCGAUGUGGAGGGAGCCUCAGGCUUGGGAGUGAGUGGUGGCACCUCAGCCUUUCCUGAAGUCCCCAGGGAGGGCUCGGCCACCCCAGAAGUCCAGGAGGAGCCAACCACAUCCUAUGAUGUGGGCCGAGAGGAGUUGGGCUGGCCUUCAACCACUCCAACAGCAUCUGGAGACAGGAUUGAAGUCAGUGGAGACCUGUCUGGUCACACGUCGGGGCUGGAUGUUGUCAUCAGCACUAGCGUCCCAGAGUCUGAGUGGAUCCAGCAGACCCAGCGCCCUGCAGAGGCGCGUUUAGAAAUCGAGGCCUCGAGCCCCUUGCACUCAGGAGAGGAGACCCAAACAGCCGAAACAGCCACCUCCCCUACAGAUGAUGCUUCUAUCCCAACUUCUCCAUCAGGGACAGAUGAGUCAGCACCAGCCAUUCCAGCCCCCACUAGGUCCUUUGCCAAGGAGCCAUGCGGGACCUGCCAGCAGAUGAAGGGACACAUCAUAGGUCUGUGCCCCCCUGGCCACACUGGCCAGCACUGCAAUGUAGACAUUGACGAGUGCCUCUCAAGUCCUUGUUUGAAUGGAGCCACCUGCGUGGACGCCAUCGACUCUUUCACAUGCUUAUGCCUUCCCAGCUACCGAGGGGACCUGUGUGAGAUCGACCAGGAGCUGUGUGAGGAGGGCUGGACCAAGUUCCAGGGCCACUGUUACCGCUACUUCCCCGACCGUGAGAGCUGGGUGGAUGCGGAGAGCCGGUGUCGGGCGCAGCAGUCACACCUGAGCAGCAUUGUCACCCCUGAGGAACAGGAGUUUGUCAACAACAAUGCCCAAGACUACCAGUGGAUUGGCCUGAAUGACAGGACCAUCGAAGGGGACUUCCGCUGGUCAGAUGGACACUCCUUGCAAUUUGAGAACUGGCGCCCCAACCAGCCCGACAACUUCUUUGUCAGCGGAGAGGACUGCGUGGUGAUGAUCUGGCACGAGAAGGGAGAGUGGAAUGACGUGCCUUGCAAUUACUACCUGCCCUUCACGUGUAAAAAGGGCACAGUGGCCUGCGGAGACCCCCCUGUGGUGGAACACGCCAGGACCUUCGGCCAGAAGAAGGACCGCUACGAGAUCAACUCGUUGGUACGGUACCAGUGCACUGAGGGCUUCGUCCAGCGGCAUGUGCCGACCAUCCGGUGCCAGCCUAGCGGCCACUGGGAAAAACCUCGCAUCACCUGCACAGACCCCUCCACUUACAAGCGCAGACUACAGAAGCGGAGCUCACGGGCCCCACGGAGGAGCCGCCCCAGCACAGCCCACUGAGAGGAGCUUCCAGGACGCACCCAGGAUGCUGAGCCCAGGAGCCCCGCCAGGCUGACAUCCCACAUGGAUGGUGUCCUCUUCUUGCCGCUUUCUGUCAUAUAAGGAAUUCCAUUAAAGAAGGAAAAAAAAAACAAAUCCCACAUUGUGUAUGCACCCACCUCUCCCCACCCCACCCCCAAAUCGCCAAAACCGCAUCUGAUUUUUCCCUCCUCGAUGCCAAAGCAAAGCAAACCUAUUGUAAGCCAUGGACUGAGUUUAGAGACAUUUCUCCAAUCUCUCGUUGUGCCUUUCCAGGGACCAGAGCAGGGACAGGGGGAGAAGGGGAGGGGUUAAGUUAAAUAAAGAAGAUUAUUUUUUGUUUCCUGACUUUAUCCAAGAGCAGUGCAAUCGUUGGUUAUUUCACUCCAGGAAGAGUUAGGGAGGAGGGAGGAAGGGGCGUGAGGAGCUGGAACCUGACCGCAGCUGAAUGUAUUGGAUGAAGAGCCAGGAGGGCGGCACCAUCUCAAGAAGAGGCCUGAGGGCGAGGGGGCAGCUUCCACUCAGAGUGAGGGGGCAGGAGAGAGCCAUCGAGGGAUCUUCCGUUGUGUGGGGGUCGGGUUCCCUCCCAGGAUCCCUCUUCCAGUGUCCACUCACCCAGGUCUGCCACCCUGAGCAGGUGUCCAUCUCCGGCAGGGCUGGGUUUGGGGGAGUGCCGCCCCGCCCC